AUGAGCGAUUUCGAGUCUCCCAUUGACAACCUGCAGUCGAUCCACGGCAGGAAGCACAAGACCAACUCCGAUGAUGUGGUCCCCUUCAGCGGGAGCGAUGCCAAGAUCCAGCACGGUGUGAGCGCGAAGACCAUCAGCAAAGAUGACACAGAACCGUCCUCGUGGAACUUGGCAAGCGAUGAUCAAGAAGACCCAGUUGCACGCGUGAUAAUGCUGGACGUCAUCCCGGCAGUUGUCAUCAUCAUCAACGGCAUUGUGGUAGGCCUCAGCGCAGACAUUUGUCCGGACCAUACCGUCUGGGUGGCCUUAGAGUUGUUCUUCACAACUUUCUUCACCUUGGAGGUGCUUGUCAAGGUGAAAGUCUUCUCACUCAGAACCUUCUUUUUGGGACCCGAUUGGUAUUGGUCCUGGUUCGACUGCUUCUGCGUGGCCCUGGCCUACCUGGAAUUAGGCUUGAAUCUGCCAACGUCGGGCCUCGGUACUUUGGCCUGUCCCGAAGUACUGCCCGACGACAGUGGCGGCUCGCUUGGCUUCCUGAAGACAUUGAAAUUGGCACGCCUCGGACGCAUUGUUCGUUUACUCAAGUUCAAGAUCUUCAUAGAGCUGAAGAUGAUGAUCCAAGGUGUUUUCACAGGACUUCGAGUGCUUCUGUGGGCCAUCGUGCUUCUCUCCCUUUGCAUCUACUUGCUGGGAGUCACUUGCAGAACGCUCUACGCAGAAUUCGUUGAGUUCAAAGAUGUGCCAUCUGCAAUGUUUACGGUCUUCCGCUGCUUCACGGACGGAUGCGCAUCAUACGAUGGCAGACCACUGCAAGAAAUCAUUCGAAAUCGAUAUGGUGGGCUUUGGAUGAUUGGCUACACCUUAGUGUUUCUUUUUAUCACCAUUGGCAUCUUCAAUUUGAUCAUGGCGGUAUUUAUCGACAAUGUCAAUGACGGCAGCGUCAAGAAGAAGCAGUACAACUUGGGAAUAUCCGCGGAGAAGACGGAGCUUGAGUUGAGUGAGACCGUCCAGACCAUGUGCGUCAAGUCUGGUGUGAUUCCGGAGCCGGGCGAGGACGAUUCUGAUGACGAGCAGGGGACUGCCUUGAUACGGAAGAGCACAGAUGGAAUGCAGGAGUAUGAGAAUCGCACGAACCGGAUCAAGAGGAGAAUGCGACGCAUGGGAUGCAUCAUCACGAAGAAGACCUUUAACAAAUGGCUGCUGCAGUCCGGAGAACUUCUGCAGUGCCUUGAUGAUACGGAGAUAGACACAUCUAGCAAGUUCGAGCUUUUCGAUGUGCUGGACACUGACUUGUCAGGGAAACUUCCGUUCAGCGAGACAAUCGAAGGCUUGAUGAAGUGCCGCGGGCCUGUCUCCAAAACAGACAUCAUUUCGAUUCGGCUGCGCGUGCGGUAUCUCACCCGCCUCGUUCAGCAAAUCCACACAAAGCUUGGAUGUCCACCCGUCAAGUGA